UCAUGGUCGUGGCUCAUCGGACGCCUCGAAAUAUACCGAGAAUAUACCACCGACUGUGCAGUGAGACCGUGCUGCCGCCGCGAUAAGAACAUACCAAACCAGAAAAAUACCAAGCCAAAUUGAUUAAAUUCUCAAGAGGAAGGAGGUCUCACAUUUUAAUCAAACUUCUCCCCGAGCCCACUACAUGUGCGAACAGCUCCCACACAAAACCCAAAUAUGUGGGCUGCUACUUUAUCUGCGAAGCCGGCAGAGAAGCCCAGAGAUAUCGGAGGAGCCUCGGCCAUGUGCCAAGCGGCGAGCUGAGCUCAGUUCCCUUUCAGAUUCCGAGAGCAACGCAUGCAAAGCAUUGUGCAGCGAAUACGAAACCGCACUGAACAAUGACGCCGACUCCCAAGAUAAAGUCACCAGUUUCCGGUCCUGGACUUCCACGACUGCUACAGAUGCUAAUGGGGAUACUUCUCAUGGUGUGCACUUCCGUGCCAGGCGCCACUUCUGCCCCGGACCCCAAGAUCGCCAAUGUCAAGGCCUUGGACCGCCUCCACGCCGUGCUGUUCACGAGCUACGACAGCGAUGUGCAGCCCCGGUUCCAAGGAGCCCCCACGAACGUCUCCCUGGGAAUGGUGGUCACCUACAUAGACAUCGACGAGCUGAACGGCAAGCUGACCACCCACUGCUGGUUGAAUCUCCGAUGGAGAGAUGAUGACCGUGUGUGGCAGCCGUCGGAGUAUGACAACAUCACUGAGAUCACCUUGCGGUCCAGCGAGGUCUGGACCCCACAAAUCACACUCUUCAACGGCGACGAGGGCGGCCUGAUGGCGGACACCCAGGUGACCCUCAGCCACGACGGCCACUUCCGGCGGAUGCCGCCUGCCCUGUACACGGCCUACUGCGAACUCAACAUGCUGAACUGGCCCCACGACAAGCAGAGCUGCAAGCUGAAGGUCGGCUCCUGGGGCCUGAAGGUCGUCCUGCCGGAGAACGGCACGGCAGUGGGUGAGUCCCUUGACCACGACGACCUGGUGCAGUCUCCGGAGUGGGAGAUCGUGGACUCCCGAGCGCAGUUUGUCAGCCAGGACUACUACGGCUACAUGGAGUACACUCUGACGGCUCAGCGGCGGUCCUCGAUGUACACGGCCGUCAUCUACACCCCCGCCUCCUGCAUCGUCAUCCUGGCUCUCUCAGCCUUCUGGCUGCCUCCCCACAUGGGCGGCGAGAAGAUCAUGAUCAACGGCCUGCUCAUCAUCGUGAUCGCCGCCUUCCUCAUGUACUUCGCCCAACUGCUGCCGGUGCUGUCCAACAAUACUCCACUUGUGGUGAUUUUCUACAGCACCAGCCUGCUGUACUUGAGCGUCUCCACCAUCGUCGAGGUCCUGGUCCUGUACCUGGCCACUGCCAAGCACAAGAGGCGCCUGCCGGAGGCGCUGAGGAAGCUGCUGCACGGCAACCUGGGCACCUGGCUGCUGCUCUCGCUGUUCAGCACCACUGGUGAGUCGCAGGCGGAGAAGACCAAGGAGAUGGACGAGCACCUGUACGAGGACGCGGACGAGCAGGAUGCGUCCAGUCCGCUGGGCAUCAACCCCGCCGAAGUGCCGGGCGCCAAGGCCAACCAGUUCGACUGGGCGUUGCUGGCCACCGCCGUGGACCGCAUUUGCUUUUUGGCCUUCAGUCUGGCCUUCUUGGUCCUGGCCAUCAGGUGUUCCGUGUAGGACUGCUCGGGACUUAACGCUAUCUACCUACCCCUGCCUUGAGUAAGGUCGUUGCCCAUUAAUCUCGAAACUGUAUUUCAUUUUCAAGAGCCACCAAGCGAACUUGGCCAAGGUACGGGUGCACUCUAAGUUGGCUUUGCAUUUGCGAUUUCAUGUAUUUACUGUGUGUGCGAACUUAGAAUUAUUUAAUGAUGAGACCUCGUAUGGAAUAAAGGACCUCUGCCGAAUGUCUGCUUACAACUAGAAGCGAAGGAUAACAGGCUAAGUAACAAAUUGGCUCUCGUUUCCGAGUAUUGCUCUGCGAUGCUCCGGGCUAUCACAAUUCCUCAAUUAACCCAAAGUAGCUGGAAUUACACAAAAUGACCUUUUUACGGCCAAAGGUCCGAUGGUGCCCGAUGGGUGGCUGUGUGGCUGGGA